CUCUGGAAACGCGCAGAGGCGAAGAAUAGAACGAAGCAGGAGUUCGGUAGCGUUUUAAACCCUAACAAAUUUUAUUUCAUUUAUAUUAAAAAUGAACGUACCAGAACAUUGCUGUUGGGACAUUGUUGGGACUUUGGAAAGAAAGCAGGGAGCUUUGUUUUUUUAUAUAGGACAACAACAGCGCCAAAAAGGGUGAUUCUUCAGCAUUGGUAUGAAUGGGGAAACAAAGCUGUUGUGGCUGCCCUAAGUCCCUUGUUUUAGAAGUUGCACAGUUUGUAUAAUCUCUGUAUGGAGGACACAUAUCAUCUAAGGAGGAUCGCCUGCAAGAAGACUGGGAACCCUGAAUUUUUUUGCAUUUUCUUUUCUGGCAUCUGGGCUUCUGGUGUUUGAACUGUCAAAGGCCUGCCCUCUCGCAUGUUCACUUCCACCAGUGAAACACCUUGGUUUGUCUCAAGAACAAUGAGGCGCGACAGACCCCAAGAGCGGGCAGCCAGCUGGCCAGCAGAACACAUCAAGGUGCUCCUUGCCCUCUGGACUGAGGCAGCAGUGACUCACGAUCUCAGUUCCCACGGGAGGAAUCGUGCUGUGUAUGACGGCAUUUCCCAGCGCCUUGCCGAAAUGGGCAUUUACCGGACUGGGGACCAAUGCCGGGAGAAAAUGAAAGGUCUAAAAGUCGCCUACCGCAAAGCCAAAGAAAACAAUUCAGUGGGGCGGCCCCCUAUCAAGUGUCCAUUCUAUGAUGAGAUAGACCAGAUAAUGACACAGUACAUCAACUGCAGGCCAGGCUUUCCCUCAGAAACGGGUGAAGGCUCCAGCACCAUCGUGGACAGGCAAGAAGGACUCCCCAUCUCAGAGCCCUGGGGGUCCCAAUCUGGUAUCUCUGAGCGCUGGGGAUCCCAGGCCGCAGCACACUGGUUGUCACAGACUGCUGCCUCUGAAAGUCAAGGGACUGAUGAAUUCAGCUAUGUCCAGGCCGAGUCCCAAGAUGCCUUUGGUGAGAUCCAAGUCAUCCCAGUUCAAGUGAAGGAGGAGGAAUCGGAAGAUGAGAUAUCACCUGAGCUUGUGAUGGAAACACAACCCAUGCCAAGGCAUCUCAUCUCCAUGCUUGACCAGCGUCCUCACCUCCGAACCCAGAAGCAAAAGGUUCAGGGGGAGGGACCAUCAAGCUAUCAAAGGGGCGCUGGCCGGAAGUACAACAGUUCCCAUCACCUGGAGCUGCAGAGAGUGCAGAGACAGGCGGCCAACCAAGCAGAGGAGAAGCAGAGCUUAGCUGAAUUCAUUCAGCAUGACAGGGAGAUGCGCCGGGAGGACCGGGAAUUCCAGGCCCAGCUCUUUGAGAAACUUUUUCAGAAGCAAACGGAGCUUGUUCAAGCACUGUCUCAGAGAGCUCCUGUCAGCCCUGCCUCCACCACCUGUAUCAACACCCUGCAGGCCUUGCUGGUGUCUGCAAAGAAUGGAGCAGGAACUGCAGCCCAUGGUUCCCAGUUACAGGCUUUGCUAGAACAGAUUGUGCAGGCUGAAGCCUCAGAGAAAGGCCUGCCUAGGCUUCCUGUGAAGGACGCCCUUGGGGGAGCCAUGAAGGUGCCUCCUGAGGUGCAGUACUGGACUGCCGAAGAGAUACUGAGGUGGCUGCUGUCUCAGCAAUCUCCCAGCGACCAGUGCCCAGAGGCAUUAGUGACCCCCAGACCAGGGAGUGUGGCUGGCAAGGGCCGCAACAAAGUCCAGCAGCUCUGUGCUAAAGAGACAGAUGCAGAUGUCAAUGUCGAAACACAGCGCCAGUGCUUCAGGCAGUUCUGCUACCAGGAUGCCUGUGGGCCCCAAGAGGUUUAUAGGUGCCUGUGGGACCUUUCGCAUCAGUGGCUGAGGCCAGAGGUCCGCACCAAAGAGCAGAUCAUGGAGUUGUUGGUGGUUGAGCAAUUUUUGAGUAUCCUGCCUGAAGAAAUCCAGACCUUGGUACGUGAGUGCCAGCCAGAAAAUGGCAAAGAGGCUGUGGCCCUGGCAGAGAGGUUCCAGCUUCACUUUGAAUCCAAGAGGAAACGGGACCAGACACGAGUCACGUCUGAGGACAUGGUUCCAAUUUCUUCCCGAGGAAAACUGGAUGAGAAUGAAAGACAAACAGAUGUCAAAGAUAGUCAGGAGAACCCUGGGAGGACUAGCUUACUGGGUACAGAAGCGCACCUUCGUCUGAGGAAGAGACCAAAGAUUGCAUCCAGGCACAGUGGAGAACAUGAAGAGACAACGGCAAAACACAGGAAGCUGGAUAAUAACCUAGAGGAGCAGGAGGCGACGGAGGCUGCAGAGAGAGUGAACCGCAGGCCGAUUCCUGGGUCAGGAAAGCAAGACAGGAAAGGAAAAGGGCACGAAAGAUCUGUUCCAGUUGCUGUGGCUGCGGAGAGUACAGCUGAGGGGCAAGCCAAGGUGGAGGGCAGUGGAAGGGCUUCAAAAUCUCUGAAUGGGGCACUUCCUUCUGCCACACUGCGAAUGCGGAAGACGCCAGUGAGCCUUGUGCCCUCUCAGCUGGCUUUCGACAAGGAUGACAUUGUGUCUAGCCCUUGGCAUAGAAAUGAAAGCCGCACAUCUCCCGAGGCAGAUGGACCUUCUCUCAGUGACAGUAUUGAGCUGCUGCCGGAUUCUCCGUGGAGCGGAAACGGCAGCGGUGACACAACCCAUGACGGGCCCACUGAUUCCAGAGUGGCGCCAUCCUGUGCCAACUGCUCUGUCCUGAAGGCUGAGCUGGACACGAUCUGUGAGGAGCUCAGGAUAACCCAAGCUUCCACACUGUAUGGACUCAGCGGAACCUCCCUGCAAGACUUAACAGAAGCUCUUGGCACCAUUGCGCACAUCCUCAACAACAGGAAGUCUUCAUCAGCCGCAAACGCACCCCAGAAAGUUGCUGAAAUACCCACGAGGCCAGUAUGGCAAUAGAAAAAUAAUUUCUGAACCACCGAAUGAUCUGAACGUACUCCAGCAUGAAGGCAACCAAGAAAUUCAACAGCAAUAGCGACAGCAUUAGGAUGAAGGCAGUGGUAGGAUUCAAAUAAUUUAACAACCGGUUCCAAAAGGACUCAGUGGUGGGAUUACAACUAUUCUCUGAAAUAGACAACAAAUUAGCUACUGGUUCUACAAAUAAGUGCGAAUAGGAUGAAUCCCACCUCUGGAUGAAGGCCUCAAUUUUUAGCAACAGCAGUGUCCUCAGCUCUUGUUGUUGGAGUUCUGCGAUUGACCUUGCUACAUUCUUUCUCCCCACUCCCUAUCAUCCUUAGAGGAUCAUGUAAGUUGCUAGGGCUGCAGCAAGACUUAGAAGCCCCAGAGCUGAUAUUCUUUGCCUGCAGUGGGGCAGAUACCAUCAUGAUUUGAUUUGCCCUUUAAAUGUGAAACUAGGGUUCAUUUGUGUGUGUUUUUUUAAAUACAGUAGUAGCUGUUUCUCCCCAUUCCUGAUCCGAUCCAAAUAAAGCAAUUGGGAACAUGUUUGUUUCAAUUCUCUCUGUGAGCAAUAAAUCACGUCUGCAAUUGAGCCAAAAA